AUCGUUUCUUGUUGACUUGCAUUGCUGCCGGAGACGAUGAUCUAUUAUUUUCUUGAUAUUGGUGGUGAUGGAAGAAAUUAAUACGUAUGUAUAUGGCAGAGACAUUCAGACUUGCUUUCAUUGCUAAGAAGUUACUCUGGUGAAGUAACAAAUGAAUUCAAUAAAGAGGGAUGCUAUUAGUCGUCAGAUUUAUAAAGCGGCAAUACAAGAUGACUGGGAUUCAGUGAGUCAUAUUUUUGAAACUGAAAACUGGAGAUUGAAUGCUGAAAUUUCAUUAUAUGGAGAGACUCCACUGCACAUAGCUGUGGGAACGAAUAGUUCCCACCGUUUUGUGGAAAAACUAGUGAAAAUGAUUGUGACCAGUGGUAAUGGUGUGGGCAUGCUGCGCACCACUAUUAAAGUUGGCAGACCUUACAAUGCUCUUCACCUAGCAGGUAAGAGGGGAAACUGUAAGGAUGCCAAACUUUUGGUAGACUAUGACCCCGAAUUUCCCCAAACUGUUGUUUCUGACGAUGGGGGGACUACUCCACUCGAAAUGGCUGCUUGGAAGGGGCACAAAGAGACGGUGCACUAUUUAUUGUCGGUUACAAGAGAUGAGGUUGGAUUGUCUGGGACUAGUCCUUUUAGGGGAACUCCUGGAGCUAAUAUCCUUACUCAAGCCAUUGCCACAGGCCUCUAUGAUGUGGCUCUGUACCUAGUAGAGAAAUACCCAGAUCUGGUGGGGCAAACAAAUUAUACUGGUUCAGCGACAGCUUUAAGUAUACUAGCAACAAAAAGGAAUGAUUUCCCUAGUGGGUGCCAUCUAACAUUUUGGCAACACAUCAUUUAUUCACGAUUAGACGAUACAGAGGUGAAGGUUGCUGAUAUUGAAAGUGGAGGAAGAGGACCAGCUAGAACUCUUCUGCGGAGAAUUUUUGGAAAAGCACCAUAUGUGAAGCAUAUCCGUCAGAUCAAAGCGACUCAUUUGCAGACUGAGCAACUUGUAAAACAAAUAUGCUCAACCCUCAUUAUGAACUUCGAGGACACUACAACCUGGAAAGUACUGGGACAUGCAAUACAUAUAGCAGUACGUCAUGGAACUCACGAGCUUAUAGAAGAGUGUAUUAGAAACUACCCUGAGCUGAUUAGGUAUGAGGUGGAAGGACUUAACCUGUUCAAGGCAGCAAUCAAUCAUCGUCAGGAAAAAGUGUUCAACCUAAUGUACCAGAUAUCAGCACAUUCAUUAGACACAAUGGCUAAAGUCAAUGGCGAAAAUGCCCUGCAUCUUGCCGCCAAUUUAGCACCAUAUCAUAGACUCCGGACUGUAACUGGUGUAGCUUUGCAGAUGCAGCGCGAACUCCUCUGGUUCAAGGAAGUUGAUAAAUUUAUGGAACCUGCACAAAGAGUAUCACUGAACAAUGAAAAAAAGACACCAAGAAUGUUAUUCACCGAUGAACACAGGCAGCUACUUACAGAUGCGCAACAAUGGACUCAAAAUACAUCAUCAUCAUCAACUGUUGUUGCUGCUCUCCUUGUUACCAUAGCAUUUGCAGCCUUGUUUACAGUGCCAGGAGGGAACAAAGAUAGUGAUGGACAAGCCAGAUUUUUAACCGAUGCUGUCUUUCUUCUAUUUGUCAUAUCAGAUGCUAUAGCGCUAUUCUCUUCAGCCACCUCUGUAUUAAUGUUCUUAUCUACACUUACUCAUUCUUCCCAAGAAGAUUUUCUUUAUGCAUUACCCCUCAGAUUGACACUCGGACUUAUAUCACUCUUCAUAUCAGUAGCAACAACGAUGGUUGCAUUCAGUGCCACCCUUGUUCUUGUGCUUCGUGAUAAAAUACAGUGGAUUGCUGUUCCAGUUACUUUAAUGGCUUGCAUCCCCAUUCUCUUGUUUCUUUGGCUGCAGUAUCCUUUGCUUCUCGAGUUGGUUCGUGCGACAUUUGGGAAAAACAUUUUUGGCCAACAGAACAAUUUGUUGCUUCAUUAGAUUCUCUUUUGAGGACACUUAUUAGUAUCUAUAUUGUACCUUAUUUAGAUCUAAGAAUUGGCUUUCUGUCUGAUGAUGGCAGUUUCAUGGAAAUCAGUGCUCCGAAGGCAGACACACCUUCAAUCAAUUAUUUUAUACUUCCAA